AUGUCUCCCCGGUCUUUAAACGCGUUGAUUGCUACGGCGUUGGCUGUGGCUGGCGUUUAUGCUGGGCCCUGCAAGCCAUCGCUGGCAUCGUCAUCUAUCAUCUCUUUCUCGAGUGCAUACUCCAGCGCGGAGACACUGUCAACUACUGAGACACUGUCAUCGACUGAGACACAGACUACAGCGGGCCUUCUGUCCAGCACUGAGACACUCUCGACUGCCGACGCCGAUACCACCGAGGCUCUAUCGACCACGGAGGAGCAGUCGACCACUGUCUUUGAGUCGACAACAUCGGCUGGAACUACCACGGCAGCGGCAACGACGACCACGGAGGCCGGAUGUACAGUUGCUUGUACCCAUGUCAUCGGAAAGAGCGGCGCUUGUACGAUUCCAUUCCAGGUCAUUUCAUGGGAUAUCGACGAGUCUUGGCAUAUCGGUUCACCCACUGUAGCUGAUACGGCAGCUUGCGCCGACGCCUGUGCUAGCGACUGUCGUUGCAAGUCCUUCGCCUCGUAUAGCACUAGCUGCGACCUGUACUCGGGCACCCAGGCCCAAGUUAAUCCGCCUUCCUUCUAUCUCGGUCCUUACUUCUUCGAUCUGGCGGCCUGUUAUGAAUGCGAUGACUGA